UGCCUGGUUCCAGAGAAGAGCAUCCUUACCCACCCGCUCAAUCCCCCUCUUCUACCUUCCAUUCAUUCGCGGCGCAGGAUUCACGCGACGUUGUCCCAGUCCUGCAUAGUAGCCGCCUUCCCCGUUUCGUCGCCUCCAGCGUAACCGAUUUCCAGCUCCUGCCAGGUUAACUUUGCCCAAUUUCAAGACAAUGAUGACCCCAGUUGCUAUCCUGAAGAUGAAUCCCCGUGCGGAACCGAAUUUUUUCCGAGCUGUGCCGCUCGUCGAAGCCUCCAAGGACUACCAUCAUCGUUGGUCAGGCAACUCGACGAUGCACUAAGUUAUUUGAGUACUGGGCUGGACGAGGCGCCCCAGUACGCUCUAUAUGCCUCGAAAUCGAAGACAUGGAAUGGGGAAGAGGAAGAAGACACCGCCAACGUGGACGACUUGAGCGAUUUGUUCUCUAUGAUCGAGCAGGAACAAACGACCAACGACGCGUGCGCGGUGGAUGAAUUGAUGAGUGAAUGGUUUAAGAAUUGUGAAGAAGCGGCGAUCGAAGUGGACGAGGACGAUGCCAUGGUUGUGGACGAGAUCACCGACAUGUUCGACAUGCUCGAAGGCAACGAAGACUUGGUCUUGGACGCCGAAACCGAGGACGACGCCGCCGGUCUUGUGGAUGAGAUCGCCGAGCUGUUCGACUCGCUGAAAGACGCUGCGACGAAGGCCGACGCCGACGUCGUGGACGACGUUUCCAGCAUGUUUGACGCGUUGGUUCAAGACGCCAAGGAUGCGGAAGACUCGACGGUGGUGGACGAGCUGUCGCGUCUGUUUGACGCCGAGGUGGAGAAGACGACAACGACCGCGCCUGUGCAUGACUGCCGCGUUCCACUGGCUGCAACGGGCGUCAAGAUUGACAGUCGCAUCCCCCAGUUGGGUCAGCUGCCCGCGUACACGAGCUACCGGCUGCCGCUGGUGGGCAACUUUGUGUGCGGUCCGCCGAUUGCCGUGAAGGAACUGACGCGUGAAGACCGCGUGGGGCGGUGGAAGGAGAAGAAGCGGAAUCGCACCAACAUGGCGGCGCCCAAGGUCGUGUUUGAGUCGCGGCAGCAAGUGGCGGCCAAGCGCAGGCGGAUCAACGGCCGAUUUGCAGGGCUAGAGACGCAGUUUGUGUCUGUGUCGGCCUUUCACUCUACCGAAUAAAUGUCAGUUUUCACUUGUUAUAAUAACGUAAA